AUGUCCGAGGAUGCCCUAUCAUUCUACGAUGAGGAAGCAGAAGGUAGCUCGACAAACAUAAUCAGAUUGAGGGACGUAGAGCAGCUCGGCCUACAGGAUCAGGUUAUACCUGCAUCCCGGGUCCUAAAUGGCUUCAACACGGCAAGCGAACCAACAAAGGAGGAGAUAGUCCUACCAGUAAAUGUGGACGGAACCAUUCAAGAUACGAAAUUCCAUGUCAUCUACAACAUGAAGGCAAUACCUUCGACCCUUCACCUGAUAAUGAAAUUCCUAACAGAGGAUGGUGUGAAAACGGUCUAUGGAGAACAACAUGCUGCAAAGGAAAUGUUUGCGGUCGAGGAAGUGACUCCAGCACCAAUGCCUUCGACCUCGGAAAAAUCGGGGACCAAAGAUAAGCCAGCGGCCAAAUAG